AAAAAUUGCAAAGAAACAAGGUUCGGAAAAUCAAAUAAAAAAAAGUUUCCUCCAGAAAAAUAUAUAAUCCAGCCUAUUUAUUCUCAAAUUAACCCAAUGUAUGAACCAAUAUAUUAUUAUAAACAAUAUUUAACUUAAUAGCUAGCGCUAUUAGCGUGGUUGCCAUUUCAUUCUUCUAUCGACGUAAGAGGUUCGGAAGAAAUUAUACCUGUAAAUUUGAAAUUUGAAAAUAUGUAAUCAUCGACAAACGUUAUAUUGUUAAAGAAACCCAAAUGAGUGAAAAUGCCCAUUACCAUAGGGGGGAAAUCUCGAUCCUAGACUGAUCCGCUCGGCAUGGACCCCUAUUGACCGAGAAGUCGAGAACAAUAAAUUCAGAACUUUAAACAUCAAAAUUUUACAAGUUGAGGGUGACGAUCCAUGCAAACUUGGACGUUUAAAUACUUCAUCAAAGGUCAGGUACUUAGUGAAGAACGUGAAGGCUACACAAAACCAGCUAUCACCGAUACCAUUGCCGAAAAGAGAAAUCGAAUACGAACACUGCUGAACUCAUACAAGAUAUAUAUUUUUGAAUCAAAAGUUGCACUGAAAAGGCAACAGGCAGCUGAAGAUGCAAUCGCCUUGUGUAUGGCAAAAGUGACAACGGGACAGAAAAUUAAUCGUCUUCCACCAGGAAAGAUAUUUGGGAUGACAAUAAGUAAAGAAGAGAACACUAUUGUUGAAAGUGGAAGCAGUGGUCAUUUUUCAAAAAUGAAGGAGAAACUAAUUCCGAAAAAGGAAUGUGGUGUGUCUCAAACUUCUUUGGAGACUCUCAUUCGUCUAUUUCCAAAAACAAAACUUUCUGUAUUGCAGUUAGUUUUACAACGAUGUGGUCAAGAUCUACUGAAAGCCAUCGAGUACUUUGCUUUCACCGAAAGAAGUCCAGACAUUGGUCCAGCUGGACUUUUUGAAUCAUCCGCUUUUCGUCCACCACAAAUUCAACAGUUUCCCGAAGCAGUGACUUCUAGCAUUAGGAAUUCACCCAAGAAAUUCACUCUGCCUCCACUUCACACAACGAAAUCAUACGGCGACAGUGACUGUCUUCUCAACGUGAUCUCCGAGCCGAUGCCCCAGAGCUUCGAAAGUACAGCCUUAUGUGCAAGCAGUUUUUCCACCGGGAAGUCAGCAGCUGCCAGAACCGACCGGGAAAGUGUCGCCUUGAAUUCGCAGUAUAGUCACUAUUUCGAUGGGGUACAUCAUCAUCAGUAUCAGCAGUUACGUCAAAAUACUCAUUCGCAGCUCACAGACUUUCGUCAAAGAUCUGGAAUACUGCACCUUCCGCCUUUCCUCCCAAUUAUUCCUUGCGUGCAACCAAAUUGCUUACUCUGCUACAAGUUUGCAUAAUAGGUGCGAAGAAUGACUAGAUAUAAUUUUAUUCAAUCAAUUGUACAUCCUGAAAAUGAUAUAUCCUAAUUAAUCUUGGUGAUUCCAUAAUUUGUAAAUGUAUAGCAGGAAUGCAAGUAAAUGUCAAGUUUAUCUAAUAAUUUAGCAAGUUAAAAGGUAAUGCCAACCAUUUUAAAUUUGGAUAUCUGUUGCACAAUAAAGUAACAAUGUUUUAAC